GUGCAGACAUCACUCAUGGUGGGGGUUCUGUCAGCAAGCCAACGCGUUUAGAUAGGCGACAUCAGAAAGCUGCAGCUUUAACCUUCAUCUUAUCAGAAUGAGUUAAUUUGCUAAUACAAGGCUGACAGCAAACACAGUAAUAGCAGAUAGAGAGAGUUUGUAUUCUGUCAGCAGUGUUUUGCUGUAGUGAAGAUGGCGCAAGCACUGUCAGAAGAGGAGUUCCACCGUAUGCAGGCUCAGCUUUUGGAGCUGAGAACACAGAACUACCAACUAUCUGAUGAGUUGCGGAAAAAUACAGCAGAGCUCAACAGUGUCCGUCAGAAGACCUCGAACCUGGAGAAAGACUAUGUCAAAGCACAGAAGGCUUUGAACAAGAGCAAGAAAGCACAGGAGGUAGAUGCCUUACUAAAUGAGAAUAAAAUGCUUCAGGGCAAGUUACACAGUCAGGAAGAUGACUUCAGACUGCAGAACAGCACCCUCAUGCAAGAGCUGUCCAAGUUAUGUUCUCAGAUCGAGCAGUUAGAAUUAGAGAAUCGGAGACUGAGGGAGGGUCAAGGGCUGGAAAGACCCGCCUCUGGUCCAGUGGAUGCUGAGCUCCUGCGUCUACAGGCUGAAAACUCCGCCCUGCAGAAGAAAUUGAAAGCUCUUCAAGAGCAUGCAGAUGUUAAUGAUGGAAAAGCAGCACUCAUAGAUGGAUUGGCUGGCACUAAUGGGGUCCAAUCAGAUGCCAGCGGUCACAGUGACGACCCUUCGGCUCCAGGAAAUGAUCAGAUUGAUCAGGCCGAAGUGCAAAGCGUCAAACUAGAACAGCGAGAUAAUGAGCUGAGCGAGGUGGCAUUAAAGCUUCAAACGGAAAUGGAGGAGAAAUGCUUACUGAAGGAACAACUCAUGACACUAGAGAUGUCCAAGCAGGCAGAAAUCACAAAACUACAAGAUGAAAAUGCUAAAUUGUCUGAUAAGUUGAAGAAAAAACAAGAGAGCUUCCAGCGACUACAAGUUGAGAAAGAAGCACUUUACAAUGACAGCAGGACUAAAAUUGAUGAGAUCCAACAGAGGAAAGAGGAGGAGCUCAAAUCCAUAAAUCUUCGUGUGCAGAAAUUGCAGACAGAUUUAAUGGCAGCCAAUCAGAACGUCGCUGAACUGAAGGAGCAGUUGCAGAGUAAACAGAAAGAGCAUGAGAUGGCCAUCCAUGCGCUCAAAGAUCAGGUAGCGUGUCAGAGUGCGGUCAGUCAGGAGCAGGUGGAGGGCAUGCUGAGUGAGAACGAUGCUCUCAGGACAAAUCUAGCAGCCCUAGAACAGAUCCAAACAGUGAAGACUCAGGAACAGAAUUUGCUGAGAGAGCAAAAUCUGAUGCUAAACGCAGAGCUUCAGCAGAAACGUACAGAACUGGAGAGCUUCCUGGCGCAGAGAGAUGAUCUCAACUCACAGCUACAGGAGUCAAACCGAGCGAAUAGUCGACUACUGGAGCAGCUCACUGAACUGGGUCUGGAGAAGGACAAGCUACAGCAGGAGUUAGAGGAAGCCAGAAAGACUGCGGAUAAGCGUAAAGUCAUGCUGGAUGAACUGGCCAUUGAGACGGCGCAGGAGAAGUCACGGCACAAAGAGGAACUCAGCGAUGUGCGCUUGCAGCAUGAGAAGGAAGUGCUGAGCAUCAGGGCCCGCUAUGAGAAGGAGCUCCGCGGCCUCCAUGAGGAGAAGAACCGCAUGGAAGAGGAGAUCCGCUCACAGCUACGAGACGAGAGAGCUCGUACCAAAGAGCUGGAGGGUCUUCAGCCGUAUGUGGAGGAGUUGAAAGCUCAGGUUCAGUCUAUGGAGGGGACAAAGGGCUGUUUUGAGCGCAGGCUCAAGGAAGCAGAGGAGACCAUGGAAAAGAACAAACUGGACCAUGCAGAAGAGAUCCAGCGGGUACAGAAAGAUCACACACUUCAGCUGGAGGCUAAAGCUGCAGAGGUGGAGACAGUCAAACAGCAAGUGAUGGAGAUGCAGAAAGAGAGAGAAGAACUCAACAACACAAUCAGCAAACUCAAACAGGAGAUUAAAGAUACAGUGGAUGGACAGAGAAUCCUGGAGAAAAAAGGUAGUUCAGCGCUGAAAGACUUGAAGAGGCAGCUCCAUUUGGAGAGAAAAAGAGCCGAUAAACUCCAGGAGCGGCUGCAGGAAAUCCUAACCAACACUAAGACCCGCACAGGUCUGGAGGAGCUGGUGUUGUCUGAGAUCAGUUCGCCGAGCCAUACGCAGCAGACGGGUGACAGCAGUAGCAUCUCCUCCUUCAGCUACAGAGAGAUCAUGAAAGACGGGGCUUCGGCUCCCAGCACCAAUAAGUCCAACACCAGCAGCCCUCAGUCUCAGCGUCCUGCGGACCUUUCGGACGACGAGGUCAGUGAGCUCUUCCAGAGGCUCGCCGAGGUUCAGCAGGAGAAGUGGAUGCUGGAGGAGAAGGUGAAACACUUGGAGGUCAGCUGCUCCUCAAUGGCCGAUGACAUCUGUAAAAAGAGUGCCAUUAUUGAGACGUACGUCAUGGACAGCCGAAGAGAUGUAUCCGGAGGAGGUGCGGUGGCCCAUGGUGUUCAGGGUGAACGUGGAGGUUUGAGUUCUGUGCUGAGGGACUUGGUAAAACCUGGAGACGAGAACCUGCGUGAGAUGAAUAAAAAGCUGCAGAACAUGCUGGAAGAGCAACUGACAAAGAACAUGCACCUACAGAAGGUGGCUUGCUGUCAUACGGUCCUGAGACUCCACUGAGAGGUCUUUUUCAUCAGCAACCAGAGGGUGGGCGUGUUGUUGAUGCUAAAACGUUUCUAGGAGCAGGAAUAGAAAGUGCAUGUCAGGCAGCCUGCAGGGUGAUGCAUUUGAUGGGAUUACACCAUCACACAGAUUGACUAAUGACAAUUAACCUCUCACACCCCUCUUGAUAUUUCCAGAUCCGCACAUCGUUAAUGGGUGGUUUGUUCCUGUAGUGAAGCCAUGAGUUGGUUUGUUUGAAUUAUAUUAAAACUA